CAAAAACUCCAAGGCGGCUUUUCUUGCCUUCCGCUCAGCAGCGCAAGUGCGCAUGCGCUCUCUCAUACGUGAACCGAAUGCGACUCGCUCAUUGCAGGUGACAGAAUUCACGUUUUUUACGAACCAACCGUUUCCAUAAUGCCUCGCAUUGAGAAUGACAUCAAGUUGGAUUUCAAAGAUGUGCUACUCCGGCCCAAGCGCAGCACCCUCAAAUCCAGGAGUGAGGUGGACCUGCUGAGGAGCUUCAUGUUCCGGAACUCCAAGGGCAGCUACACGGGAAUUCCCAUCAUUGCUGCUAACAUGGACACAGUGGGCACCUUUGAGAUGGCCAAGGCGUUGAACAACUUCGCGGUCUUCACCACGGUCCAUAAGCAUUACUCUGUGGAGGACUGGCGGGAGUUUGCGACCGAGCACCCAGAAUGCCUCGAGAACCUUGCGGUCAGCACGGGCACCGGCGAGGCGGACUUCCAGAAGAUGUCGGCCAUCUUGGCUGCCGUGCCACGCCUGCGCUACAUCUGCGUGGACGUGGCAAACGGCUACUCGGAGCAUUUUGUGCACUUUGUCAAGGACGUGCGGCAGAAGUUCCCCUCGCACACCAUCAUGGCGGGGAAUGUGGUGACGGGAGAGAUGGUGGAGGAGCUGAUCCUGGCCGGUGCCGACAUCAUCAAAGUGGGCAUCGGACCAGGCUCCGUGUGCACCACUCGCAAGAAGACGGGCGUGGGCUACCCUCAGCUCAGCGCCGUCAUCGAGUGCGCCGACGCGGCCCACGGGCUCAAUGGCCACAUCAUCUCGGACGGGGGAUGCACUUGCCCCGGCGAUGUCUCCAAGGCUUUCGGUGCCGGCGCGGACUUUGUGAUGCUGGGCGGCAUGCUGGCGGGCCACUCGGAAAGCGGCGGCGAGACCAUCGAGAAGCUGGGCAAGAAGUACAAGCUCUUCUACGGCAUGAGCUCCGAAGUGGCCAUGAAGAAGCACGCCGGCGUCCUGGCCGAGUACAGAGCGUCUGAGGGCAAGACUGUGGAGGUGCCAUUCAAAGGUCCCGUGGAGGUGACCAUGCGAGACAUCCUGGGCGGGGUGCGCUCCACCUGCACCUACGUGGGUGCGGCCAAGCUGAAGGAGCUGAGCCGCAGGACCACCUUCAUCAGGGUCACCCAGCAGCUCAACACGGUCUUCGGCAACGACGGCUGACCCGGUCCUCCACGCCGCUUGUACUGUAUGCCACGCCGACUACGCUACUCCCAUCGGGCUCUCCGAUGUCCCUGAUUCCUUCCGUAAGCUCAACUUUUAGAAUUUUGUCUUUUAACAUGCAUGGACUUCCUCAUAUUUGACACCGGAAAAGAAUCUCACGGCGACAAACCCCUCGAGAAAGUCCGAUAGAGCGUGAGCCCCGUCGGCACCCCCACCAAAGAACGGUUUCUGAUGGCGAAGCACUGUUUUGUUUCACAUGCUUUAUUGACACAGCUCAUGGCAGCUAAGCAACAUUGUGCAAAUUAGCCUCCUCAAAUCAUUCCAACAUAGUUCAUUGAUGCCAAGAUGGCGGCAAAGCACUCAUUUUGCCUGAACAAAAGUUCUCAAUGCACUUCCACAUAGCUUAUUGGACCAAGACAGCAGCAAAUCACAACUUUCAUUUGAAUAAAAAUGCACUUUGACAUCAUUCCUUCACUCCA